AUAAAGUUUAUUGAAAUCCAAGAUGGCGGCGCCUAUGGCGAACUCGAGAUACAGUGAAACAGGUCAUUUACAGCGUAUUUAAAACCUGGGUAUGACAUAUAUAACUUGGAUUAUUGGAUUUAUGUCUUUACGACCGUAACCCUGAAACAAAGAAGCUGGAAACAAAACAGUGACAGAACCAUGCAGGUGUCAGUGAGAAGGCUGGCUCUGUAUCCGCUGGGUGUUGCCCGGUCUGCCCAAAUCAGGGGCGCUCUCCUGAGCCCAGUACCCCGCCUACUGUCCCCCAGCAUCCGCACCCUUUUCAGUGAGACAGGAGUGUGGGAGAAGGACUACCGAUCAGAGACCCGACGCAGAGUGGAAGAAUGGUGGCACCCACGAAUUAUGGCACAGUGGCGGAAGGAUGCGCUGAAGGAGGGUUCCAACAGGAAGAAGUUUUAUGUCCUCUCCAUGUUUCCAUACCCGUCGGGGCGACUGCACAUGGGCCACGUGCGAGUGUACACCAUCAGUGACACCAUCGGACACUUCCAGAGAAUGAGAGGCCAUCAGGUGUUGAAUCCGAUGGGUUGGGAUGCUUUUGGACUUCCAGCAGAAAACGCAGCCAUUGAGAGAGGCCUCGACCCAGGGGAGUGGACUAAACGUAAUAUCCAGUCCAUGCGGGAGCAGCUGGACAGCCUCGGCCUUUGCUUCAACUGGGACCGGGAAGUGACCACUUGUCUUCCAGACUACUACAGAUGGACGCAGUAUCUGUUUAUCAAGCUCUUUGAAGCAGGACUAGCAUAUCAGAAAGAGGCUGUGGUGAACUGGGACCCUGUUGAUCAGACGGUACUGGCUGAUGAGCAGGUGGAUGAAAAUGGUUGCUCCUGGAGGUCUGGCGCCCUGGUGGAGCAGAAGCUGCUCACACAAUGGUUCAUCAAGACUACAAACUAUGCCAAGCCUCUCCUGGAUGCCCUGGCAGACCUUCCGGAGUGGUACGGGGUCAAAGCCAUGCAGGCAAACUGGAUUGGAGAGUGCACUGGCUGCUACUUCGAUUUCAAACUCAAGGUGAACGGGGAAGAGACGGGGGAGACCCUGCCAGCCUACAGCUUCUCCCCAGAGAUGGUGUUCGGAGCGGCUUACCUGGCCAUCCUGCCCUCCCACAGACUGCUGCACGGUAGCAGCUCAGUCCGCUCUGCCCUGGAGAAAGCCUUUCAGCUGGGCAGAGACUCCUCAACAGAGGUCACCGCUCACAACCUGUUCACUGGCCACGAGGUUCCCCUGGUCAUCUCACACAAAGAGGCGUUUGAUGGCUAUCUGGAUACCAUGAUUGGUAUCCCAGACUGCAGUGAGGAGGAUCUGUCUGUGGCCAGAGCUCUAAACCUGAGGUGGACCACAGUGCUGAAAAGCGACAAAGAUGGGACACAAACGCUGAUGAACUCUGAUGAGUUCUCAGGCCUCACCAGAGAGCAGGCAUUUGACUCCAUUACCCGGAAGGCCAGAGAGCAGAAGGUCGGCGGCCACCUUACUAGCUCCAAGCUCAGGGACUGGUUGAUAUCAAGACAGCGGUACUGGGGCACACCCAUCCCAGUGGUGCAUUGUGGGUCUUGUGGUCCUGUUGCUGUCCCUGAGGAGGAGUUACCAGUUACAUUACCGAGGCUGCCGUCUCUGACAGGAAAGGGUGCGUCGCCGCUGGAGGCGGCUCAUGACUGGAUCAACUGCAAAUGUCCCAGAUGCAAGGGCCCAGCCAGGAGGGAGACUGACACUAUGGACACAUUUGUGGACUCAGCCUGGUAUUACUUUAGAUACACAGACCCUCAUAACCCAGACAGGCCUUUUGAGCGCCACUUAGCCGAUCACUGGCUGCCUGUGGACGUGUACAUCGGAGGGAAGGAGCACGCUGUCAUGCACUUGUACUAUGCUCGCUUCCUCUGUCACUUCUGCAAGGAUCAGGGUCUCGUCGCUCACAGGGAGCCUUUCCGGAAGCUGCUGGUCCAGGGUCUGAUCAAGGGCCAGACUUUCAAACUGGCAGACAGCGGCCAGUACCUAAAGAGAGAAGAAAUAGACUUCACAGAUAAGGAGCCGGUGGCGUGCAGCGGUGGUCGUAUUGAGGUGACGUGGGAGAAGAUGAGCAAGUCUAAACACAAUGGUCUGGACCCCCAAGAGGUGGUGCAGCAGUACGGCGUGGACACAGUUCGACUCUACAUUCUUUAUGCUGCACCACCUGAACAGGACAUCCUCUGGAAUGUCAAGACCGACGCCCUCCCUGGGGUUCUGCGGUGGCAGUCUCGGCUCUGGCAGCUGGUGACCAAGCUGAGGGGGGCUCGGCAUCUCGGAGAUAUCCCCAACCCCUCCCUGCUGAAAAAGAAAGAACUGGCAGAGACCAAGAAGAUCUGGGAGAACAAGAACUAUGCAAUUCAAGAGGUGACAUCUCACUUCACGGAGGACUUCCUUUUCAACGCAGCCAUUUCUCGCCUGAUGGGACUUACCAAUACACUGAGUAGUGCAACAGUCAAGGUGGUGCAGCACAGUGUGGAGUUUGAGGAAGCUCUGGCUGCGCUCGUUAUGAUGACAGCUCCCAUGGCCCCUCACCUGGCUUCUGAACUUUGGGCAGGUCUUUGCCAGGUGAAAAACCCCCUCAGCCCCCUCCUCCAGCAGGGAGGAGACAUCCUGCAACAUUUGUGGCCGAAUGUGGACCCAGAGUACCUGGAUGUCCCCGACUUUGUGGAGCUGUCUGUACUGAUAAACAACAAAGCCUGUGGGACAGUGACAGUGCCUCUGCAGGUGUCCAAAGAUUCGGAGCGGGUGCAGCAGCUCAUCCUCGAGAGCCCGCUCGGACAGAAGCUUAUCGGUGAGCGCAGCAUCAAGAGAGCCAUCCUCUCCCCCAGAACUGCCCUCAUCAACUUCCUCAUUGAUGAGUGAUGUUUGGGCGGUCGCCACUGCUUUUGUAACUGCCAGAUGGUUGUGAAUGCCUGUCAGUCAGUGACUCAGCAGGGAGUUUUAUAUGUCAUAAAUUAAGACAAAGGAAGGAUGAAAGUGGGUUUAUAUUAACUGUCGUAACUUCAAUGUAAAUAUGUCUAAAGAUAUUGUAUUUAUAUUUUCCUGUUUUUAAUAAAAGAUUCAAGAAGCA